AUUCAUUGCGCAAGCGGUUAGAGACUCGAUGCCGGUCUUUCGGGAACCCCGUGAACUUCCCUGAUUCCGGGCAGGGACUGAGCCAAAAGAAGCCAAGUCGCACAGCACAGACAUCCUGGCGGCAGGGCUAUACCGAGCGGAAGCAGUUAAGGGCAAGGCGUCAGUCGGGGCUCACUGACUGGCGGGACGCUUUGUGAGGAGCGGAGGGCUCAGGAUUCACGCCCGGGAGCAACUGCAAGCCAACGUAGGACUUUCAACAGGAUUGACAGGAGAGCACUUGUAUUUUCAAUUUUCAUCUUUGCAGUGCUGAGCAAACAUUCUGCCACUGAACUACACCCCGAGCUCACAUACUGAUUCUUUGUUUUUUUGUGUGUGCUGGGGAUCGAACUCAAGACCUUGCGCCGGCCAAGCGAGGCGUUGCGCCGCCGGGCGUUGUCCCCGGUCCUCACAUACUGAUUCUUGAGAUGUGCUGGGUAAGAACUCAAAUUCUCUUGAUUUGCAUCUUAUUUGAUUCAGUGUCCAAGUAUCACAGUGCUCAUAUCACUCAAGCAAUUUCAUUACAGUGUCUCUUGUGUAAGGAGAAGAAAUGGGGUCUCUACUCAGAAGACUUUAUUGAGCACCUGAUUACUCACUAGGCCCUGCAUGCAGCUAUAACGACGAGAGACGGAGCUGGUGCUUCGGGAUGACUGCUUACUGAAGGAACGGAGCCGUGUAGUACGCCCGGUAAUCUGUCUGCAAAGUCAAGAUGGUGCGGGAGAAAAGUGGGACGUCCGACCUUAGAAGUCUAACAUCACAGGCAAGGCGCCGUUUGAUCUGAGUCUUCAAUUCUGGAAAAUAUAUGUCUAAGAAUUGUGCAUGUCUAAGAAAUUAAAACCCACAGCGAGAAGACAGCCUGUUAUUACCGAAGCGUGGGGCAGAAUAAAAUAGGGUGUUACAAGUAGAACAUAUGAUCAGAGAAACCUAGACAGGAAGUUGACUGAGAAGACUAAUUAUAUGUUGGUCGUGUUCAGAGCUUGACCUGGGGGAGAUUCGCCUGCUGGUGUACCAGGACUGCGAGAGGAGGGGCAGACAAGUCUUGUUUGACUCUAAAGCUGUUCAGAGGAUCGAAGAGGCGGCUGCUCAGUACACGAGGCCGGCGUCCGAUGUCAAUAUGCUCGGGGAGAUGAUGUUUGGCUCGGUUGCCAUGAGUUACAAAGGCUCCACCCUGAAGAUCCACUACAUACGCUCCCCUCCGCAGCUGAUGAUCAGCAAAGUCUUCUCUGCGAGAAUGGGCAGCUUCUCUGGAAGCACAAAUAACUUGCAAGACAGCUUUGAGUAUAUCAACCAAGAUCCUCACGUGGGAAAACCAAACACAAACCAGAAUGGUCUGGGUGCUUGUCGCACUGGAAGUAACCUAGGUCUGCUGCAGGGCUGCAGCAGCAAGCUGCUGCCGGGGGCGGCCGAAGGAGGACCUCUCCGGCUCACCCGGAGCGCUUCUUUCUUCGCAGCACACAGCACCCCAGUCGACAUGCCAAGCCGAGGACAGAACGAAGACAGGGACAGCGGCAUUGCUCGAUCAGCCUCCCUGAGCAGCCUUCUGAUCACUCCCUUCCCGUCGCCCAGUGCCUCUACCUCGUCCUCCAGCAGCUACCAGCGCCGCUGGCUCCGGAGCCAGACCACGAGCUUGGAGAACGGCAUCAUUCCGAGGAGGACAGUGGAGGAGACCUUUAGCUUGGCUGAAGAGGCCUGCAGCUCUAACCCAGCCAUAGUUAGGAGGAAGAAAAUUGCCAUAAGCGUCCUCUUUUCCCUCUGUGAGAAAGAAGAAGCACAGCGGAAUUUCCAGGACUUCUUCUUCUCUCACUUUCCGCUGUUUGAAUCUCACAUGAACAGGCUGAAGAGUGCGAUUGAAAAGGCCAUGAUCUCCUGUAGGAAGAUCGCAGAAUCAAGUCUCCGUGUCCAGUUCUAUGUCAGCCGCUUGAUGGAAGCCCUGGGAGAAUUCAGAGGGACUAUCUGGAGCUUAUAUUCAGUCCCAAGGAUCGUUGAGCCGGUGUGGCUCGCCAUGAUGUCCAGCACUCUGGAAAGAACCCAGCUCUGCCAGCGCUUCCUGCAGGAGUUCACGCUUCUCAUAGAACACAUCAACAAAAACCAGUUUCUCGCUGCCUUACUGACUGCAGUGUUGACGUACCACCUGGCGUGGGUGCCAACCGUCAUGCCUGUGGACCACCCGCCCGUCAGAGCCUUCUCCGCGAAGCGCGCCUCUCAGUCAGUGAGCAUGCUGGCCAAGACGCAUCCGUAUAACCCUCUCUGGGCCCAGCUGGGUGACCUCUAUGGAGCCAUAGGCUCUCCAGUGAGGCUGACGCGCACCGUGGUGGUGGGGAAGCAGAAGGACUUGGUCCAGCGCAUUCUCUAUGUCCUGACCUACUUCCUCCGUUGCUCUGAGCUACAAGAGAACCAGCUGACGUGGAACGGGAAGCACAGUGAAGGGGACCAGGUUAUCAACGGCAGCAAGAUCGUUACAGCCUUGGAGAAGGGCGAGGUGGAGGAGUCUGAGUACGUGGUGGUUACGGUGAGAAACGAGCCUGCUCUUGUGCCCCCUGUCCUGCCGCCCGUGAUGGCAGAGAGAAGAGGUCCCGGUCCCCCAGGGUCAGCAGGGGCCCCAGAUGGCACUGACACAAGAGACCUGGGCCCCAGGCCUGCCAGAGAAGGGGGCAGGACGCCGCAGCAGAGUGCCGGGGCUUGCAGCGUGGGGUUCCUGCGGCCAGCACUGGACAGCGCCUGGACCGCGCACGGGGCACUUUGUGGGGGCGGAGACAGCGAGGAAGCAGCACCUCCAGCUGGCACCUUGGGACCUCCCUGCCAUCAGGCUCUGGGGGCAAGAAGGAAAAUUGACCCCCGGACUGUGCAGGAGAUGCAGGAGGAGACGCCUAAGAAACUGCUGGAGCGGUCCGCAGCCUGGCCGUGCCCAGACAGGCGUUCCCGGGAGGAGCCUCCUGCGGGAAGAGUCACCUUCCAGAUCGGGAGCUCUGUCUCUCCGGAGUCUGACUGGGAAAGCCGCACCAGAAGCGUGGAGGAGAGGCUGAAGGGCUGCGCACAGCACUCAGGGGUGGCUGGCGCCUUGCAGGCCCGGGACCGGCGGGCCUUGGGGUGCUUCCCCAGAGCUGCCCUUCAGGAGGGUGCUGGCCGUACUGGGGAGAGACACUCUGGCGAGGAGGAAGGCGAGUCCAGCAGGGGCUUUGCUGAGGACACGGGUGCUGGGCGGCCCGGCCAGCCCGCCAGCCCGCGGGCACCUCCCAGCCUUGCCGUGGGAGCGGGAGAGCGAACGCGGGGGCAGACGAGGGCUCUGCACCUGCACGACGCGGGAGGACCUGCGCUGGCGCCUGCUGUGGGCAGGUGUGUUCUGCAGGACCCGGGCCUCCUGGCAGCUGCUCAUGUCCCCCAUGGGGAUGCUGACGGGAAGGCCGGCUUCAGGGUUGAAGGCGACCUUCCCAGAAAUGAGAGCUCUGACAGCGCUCUUGGAGACAGUGACGACGAAGCAUGUGCUUCAGCCGCACGGGAUCCGGGUCACAGUGGUGACAAGAUGGAGGCCUCCUCGGAAGUGGAGCUACCUCUGCCCAGGUCGCAGAACAUCAGCAACCCAAGCGUCGGGAGCUUCGGCCGCUCCCUCCUGGCAGGGUACUGCCCUGCGUACGUGCCCGACCUGGUGCUUCAUGGGACCAGCAGCGACGAGAAGCUGAGGCAGAACCUGCUGGCAGAUCUGGUCCACACGGUGCAUCACCCAGUGCUUGAUGAGCCAAUAGCAGAAGCUGUCUGCAUUAUCGCAGACACGGACAAGUGGAGCGUCCAGGUGGCCACAAGCCAGAGGAAGGUGUCCGACGGCGUCAAGCUGGGCCAGGACGUGCUGGUCUCCAGUCAGGUGUCCAGUCUACUUCAGUCCAUCCUGCAGCUUUACAAGCUUCACCUCCCUGCUGAUUUUUGCGUCAUGCAUCUGGAGGACAGGCUGCAGGAGCUGUACCUGAAGAGUAAGAUGCUGUCCGAGUACCUCCGGGGACACGCGCGCGUGCACGUGAAGGAGCUGGGCGUCGUGCUGGGGAUUGAGUCUAACGACCUGCCUCUGUUGACUGCUAUUGCCAGCACGCACUCUCCGUACGUGGCGCAGAUACUCCUAUAAGCUAAAGCUCAGGACAGUUCUUCCGUGGAAGAAGAAAAACACAUUCUCAGCUGAAGGAGAAAGGAGUAAGCUCUCUGGGACGCCCGGAGCGUGAGAAGAGCGAGUGGAAGCAGUCGUCCCACCGUUGGUCUUGCACUGUUGCUCUAUUGGAAGACUUAGGUUUACCGACAAUGGCAUUUGUGACUUUCAGGAACCCUUUCUGCCUUCUGUUACCGUGAAUCAGCAGAGCAGACCUGCUGGGAGGGAGCACAGCGCUGCACUGCACGCCAAGCUGUGGGCACUGGCUGCGGGCUGCUCGGGCGGCGGGGGGGGAGUGGGGCGGGGGUGGACACGUCGCGGCAUUCCUGGGACAGGAGUCUCCGAAUCCAAGCGUGCGCGCGGCAGGCUGCGGGGAGCAGUGUGCGGUGCUAAGGAGCCAGCCGACGUGACUUGGGCUCCUGGUCCACAGGGGCAGGGUGAGGAAAGCCACGCAGCGGUCAUCGGUCUGUGACUGCAGCAGCUGCUGCCGGCCCUGAGGGGAAGGGGACUUCCUGUUGGGGUGGGAGGCACUCAGGGACCCUCAGAGUUUACCUCUUGUGUAGACCCACGAGCCUGUGUGGCUGCCCCGUCCGGCAGGUGUAGGCCGCAGCAGCCGCAGAGCACAGGCAGACGUGUGUCUGUGUGCACACGUUAGGGAGAGGCUGCUACCCAAGGUGCAUCCGAGUGCUCCAGGCCCGGUGAACUCCUCCGCCCAGCCCUCCCUCCUGUGGUGCCGCGGGUGCCGGCAUCUCCCUGAAAGGCGCAGUUGUCUGCGGCAGUUCGGGUGAGUAACGAACGCAGUGAGCGUAAGUACUCCGGAACAAUCCAUGUCCGAUCUGAAUUGUUACAUUAUCACUUGUGCACCUUUUAAUCCCUAUGUCCUUUUCAAACAUCUUCCCAGAAAUUCACUUGACCAUUGUAGAAGGCUAACCAAAAUGAAGAAUUAUUAUGCAGUUCACUUAGGAAAAACCCUCAGUUCUCUGUUACUGUAAGCGAAGCUUAGUUUGCUGACCGUGACACAGACCAGGUCCUUGUGUCCAGGGAGAAGGACUCCAAACUGAUUUGCAGAGGCGGGGGCUGACCCGGUGAAGCGGCGCGGCGUGGACCUCGUUCCUUUCCCACGUCCUUGUCCUGGGGACGGGAGGGCCCUCUUCCAGGGAGCCGGGGAGAUCUCAGGCCUGAGCCUUGAUAAAACUGACCCUAGCUGUCGGGACAUGAACGUGUCUCUGUGCUCCUGCAGACACCAGCUGGCUGGCUGCAGAGCCCGGGCCGUACCUCGGAGCCGGGCGCAGCCCUCCUGGGGCUGGUCUGAGCUGACCCCCCUGCCUGUGCUUUAAAGGGAAAGGAGGGGCGCUUGAAGGCUGUGAGACUUUGGCUUACAUGAUUCCUUUCACAAAGUCAAAAUGUCCCUUUUUCGUAUUUGCUGUUACACCUCAGGAGGAGAACACGCCCCUCCCCGGGGCUGCCCUCAGCCCGCACUCGCUUUUCCUUCGUGUGAGCGAACGGUCGGGCCGCUGCCCACCGCUCCGCCUGCGCCUCCCUCACCCGGCGGGUCAGUUCGCUCUGCGGGGUCCCUGGGGGCCUGCGGAACACUAGCCCGCCAGGGAGGCUGAGCUGUCCGUGGCGGAUUCUGAGCCCGCCCUGCCCUGGCAAGCCUUGCCUUCUGGUCCUGGACCGGCCAGCUCCCUCCCUGGAGGAGGCCCACGCAUUCCCGGGGUGUGGGUCACUCGGAUUCCAGUCGGCGCCCGAUCCUCACGUCCGUUGCCCCCAGCACAGGCCAAGAAGGUUGCUUCCCCUGACCCGCCCCUGAACACCUGCCAUUCACACGUUCUGUUUUAAAUUCAACCUCUUCCCCACAGUGAGUGAGAGAACCCCUGGCUCCCCGAACUCCCUGCGGCUCCAUCUGCCCGGGCUGAGGCCAGAAAGGGACCCCACCCUCUCCCACGCCCACCCCAAGAAAAAAUAAAAAUCAAAAAAUUAAAUCUACCUCAGGUGACAGGAUUGGACCUUUAGGGUUUCUUGGACUUCCGAGUCUUAGCUGUUGUGUCUUCGUCGCAGCUUGCGCGUUUCCGCGAGCUGGCGAGGCGUGGCGGGGCAGAAGUGGUCUUUGUUACCGCGAUGGCCUCUUCCUAGCAUGUUGCAGUUUUAUUUUUAACAAAUUGAUACGUGAUAUGAAUGUAAAGGUGAUUGUGUGCAUUUUAAACAUGACAAUGAAAAUUUAAAAUGUAGCUUCCAUACUUGUGCAUAAUUCCAAAGUAUUUUAUUUUUAUCAGUGUUAAAUAGCUUUUGUACAGGCUUCAAUCCAUUUUUCUGAAAUGUGCUGUUUUUUAAUGAAAAUUAACUAUAAUCUUUUCACAUCCCAUGGAACUGCUGUUUACACAUUGCAACUUUUUAAACUUAACCAUAUUUUUCAGAGCUAACAUUUUUGGAGGGAGGAAAUUCCCCAUUUGCUAAAUGAUACUAAACUGUUGUUUCGGCUCUUAUAAUUAGGUCCUCAGAUUUUAUAAAGAUAUAGUCUGUAGCUUUCUUGAUUCUCACUAAAGUUGGUUGUACAUAAAGAAUAUAAAGUGACACCAAAUUCUUUUAAAUGUCUGGUUUUUUCCACUAGUAAUGUAGUGUGGGGAGCAUUUUGUUGAUGCGUCCUUUAGCCAUUAAAUUGGACAAGUCUUGAGCUUCUCUUACUUAAUGCAAACCUUUUACUGUGCUUGGGGAGAGGAUAUUUUAAUAUAAUUUUGCCUAAAUAAAGCAGCCCACUCUAAAUGUUAAUUUUUAAAUGUCACUUUGGUGAACCAUCCAUUUGGGAAGUGAGAGUACAAUAUGCUUAAAUUUAAGUGGUGGGUAAAAACAGAAAAUUCUGGGAUAUGUUACUAUAUUAAAGCUUCAUUAAGAGAAAUUGGUAGGGACUUUAUUUUUGAUCAGUUGAAGCGAUACCAAUGUCAAUGUGUGGGAAAUUUUUCUUAAAACUUGUUCAUGUAUUAUUUUGACCCAUUUUCUGUGGCAUUUGGUGCAAUAAACCUUUGGAAUUUAUCUUGAA